AUGAAUCGAAAGAUUCUUUUAACGCUACAAUCACUAAUGUUAGCCAUAAACAUGUCUCUCAUUAGUUAUAUCCCUAUUUAUUGGCAUGACAUUGUCUCCUAUGCCAGCAGAAAAGCAGCAAAAAACUGGAGGCCUUUUAAAUCUCAAUUCAGUGUUAAAGUGGAAUGUUCUUGCAAUAAAUUAAUGCACAAUUUCCACUACUUACCAAAAUCUUUGCAUCGUAUUGAUUUAAGCAACUGCAACUUACAAGGAAUAGCUCGCCCUAAUCUUUUUCCAAAUGUAACUGUGUUUAAAAUUCAAAACAAUAACAUAAAAAAAAUAUCAUAUUUCCCAGAUUCAUUAGAGGAAUGUGAUGUUAGUAAAAAUAAAAUAAGUAGAUUCACUUUCCAUGGGGAGGGGCAAAAUUUAAAACUACUCAAUCUUUCUAGAAAUCUUUUAAAGCGACUGAAUGUGAAUAAUUCCUAUCUUUCCCUAAAUAAUCUGGAUGUAAGCUGUAAUUUAAUUACAGAUCUGCUGGGUGACAUGGGAACAUUUAUGCCUGAACUGAAAUAUUUGAAUCUGUCAGAAAAUAAGAUAUUUUUUCUUCAGCCUGGAUAUUUCCCUAAAUCAUUGGUUGAGUUGGAUAUCAGCAACAAUGCCAUUGCCAUCCUUAUGAAAGAAACGUUUGUCCAUUUGACAAACCUGAAAAUUUUAACUGUUCAAGGGAAACAUUUUUUCUGUAACUGUGAAUUAUACUGGUUUACAAAUACAUACCUUGCUAAUCCACAAAUGCAAAUAAAUGGCCAAGAAAGCCUUUUCUGUGGUUUUCCAAAGAAAAUGAGAGGUCUUUUGUUGCAAAACAGUAGUCUAACAAUGUUGCAUUGUUCUCUUGGUCUUCAAAUCGGAAUUACUGUCAUUGUGGUCAUUUUGAUUAUGUCCAUCAUAUCUGUAUUAUGCUGGCAUUUUGAUGGUCCAUGGUACUUGAAGAUGGGCUGGUAUUGGUGCAAGGCUAAAAGGAAACAAUAUGAGAAGAGACCAGAACACAAAAUAUACGAUGCUUUCAUUUCAUACAGUGAAAAUGAUGCAUCCUGGAUCAAAGAAACUCUAUUAAAAAACCUGGAAGGCAGGGGCUUUAAAGUAUGUUAUCAUGAAAGGGAUUUCAUGCCAGGGCAUCCAGUUCUUGGGAACAUUUUUUACUGUAUCGAGAAUAGCCAUAAAGUUCUUUUUGUGCUAUCACCCAGGUUUGUCCACAGUUGUUGGUGCCAGUAUGAGCUGUACUUUGCUGAACACCGGGUUCUCACUGAAAAUCAGGAUUCCCUCAUCAUGGUUGUACUGGAAGAUCUGCCAACCAACAGCAUUCCAAAAAAAUUCAGCAAGCUUAGAAAACUAUUAAAAAGGAAAACCUACUUGAAAUGGAGUCCUGAAGAACACAAACAAAAACUUUUCUGGCACCAGUUGACUGCUGUGUUGAAAACUAUAAAUGAGCCGAUACUAAGAACACAGAGAAAAAGCUGCAUCAGGAAGCAGACAGAUGAAACUGAAUGA